GUUGCAUUCAGUACUUCUCUCCCUCUGCAUAUUUUUUUUUUGUGUGUGUGGGUGUUGUGUGUGUUUAAAACUUUUUUUUCGGGGCCCACAAAGAACAUUUUGCCCCGGGGGGAAAUAACGCCCGUAUUAGUGCGUGUUAAUCCCAACUGCGCUAAUUGAGUUUGCAACGAAAGAGGGAGAGAGAGAGAGAAAAAAAAUCACCAUCGUCUCCUGCGGAUUUUAGAAAGGAACCGACUUUAUCUUCUUCUAAUUUUUGUUUCUUGAGAAGCAACGAAAUCUCUCGUCCCAACAAGUUACAGAAAAGAGACGAAUCCGAAGAAGCGAGCAUUUUUUAUUAAACGUCCGCAAUUUAAAAACAAAAAAGGUGGAGAUUCAUUUAAAAUUGUCUUAAAAAGAACGGCGGGGCGGAUUCUACCCUACAAAUAAUCACAGUCUGACUAAUGCACCAUUGUUUCCAGCUAAUUUGCAAAGAUCUGGAAGCUGUCCCCAUUCCAGCAGCCGAACGACAAGGAACGGAGGGAAGACUUUAACUAGUGGUAAACAGAUGUCUGUGGCCACUGAUUGCCAACACAGCUUUGAGAACACUGUAAGCAAGCCACGUGGGACAUUGGUGUAACAAUUCAACAUGCAGAACAGUCACAGUGGAGUGAACCAGCUCGGCGGUGUGUUUGUUAAUGGUAGACCACUGCCUGAUUCAACUCGACAAAAAAUAGUGGAACUUGCCCACAGUGGAGCCCGGCCUUGCGAUAUUUCGAGAAUCCUGCAGACCCAUACUGAUGCAAAAGUCCAAGUAGUGGAUAAUCGAAAAGUGUCCAACGGUUGUGUCAGUAAAAUCCUGGGCAGAUACUAUGAAACAGGAUCCAUCAGACCUCGGGCAAUCGGAGGGAGUAAGCCAAGGGUAGCAACUCCUGAAGUUGUGUCUAAGAUCGCUCAGUACAAACGCGAGUGCCCCUCGAUCUUCGCCUGGGAAAUUCGAGACAGAUUGCUCUCUGAGGGGGUCUGUACUAACGACAAUAUACCAAGUGUGUCAUCGAUAAACCGAGUCCUUCGCAACCUGGCUAGCGAAAAGCAACAAAUGGGAGCAGAUGGAAUGUAUGAUAAGCUGAGGAUGCUGAACGGGCAGACAGGUGCAUGGGGUACCCGACCAGGCUGGUACCCGGGCAGCUCCGUACCAGGGCACCCAAACCAAGAUGGAUGUCAGCAACAGGAAGGAGGCGGCGAAAAUGCCAAUUCUAUCAACUCAAACAGCGAUGAUUCAGACGAGGCGCAGAUGAGACUUCAGCUGAAGAGGAAGCUGCAGAGGAACAGAACAUCUUUCACCCAGGAACAGAUCGAGGCUCUGGAGAAAGAAUUUGAAAGAACUCAUUAUCCCGAUGUGUUUGCCCGAGAACGAUUAGCAGCCAAAAUUGAUCUACCUGAAGCUAGGAUACAGGUUUGGUUCUCCAACAGACGAGCAAAAUGGAGGCGAGAGGAAAAGUUGAGGAAUCAAAGGCGACAAGCUAGCAACACGCCGAGUCACAUCCCCAUCAGCAGCAGUUUCAACACCAGUGUUUACCAGCCUAUCCCACAGCCCACCACUCCUAUUUCCUCUUUUGCCCCGGGCGCAAUGCUUGGCCGGGCAGACACGUCUCUUACUAACACUUACAGCGCGCUGCCACCAAUGCCCACUUUCAGCAUGGCAAACAACCUGUCUAUGCAAGUAAGUAUGGAGCAGAGCAAACAGAGUCAAGAGCCAUUCAAUGCUUUCUCUACGGCAUGCACAAACGGAUCUUGUGUUUUCCAUUUAUUUUUCGACAAGUCGCCCGUAUCCAGCCAAACGCCGUCAUAUUCCUGUAUGCUGCCCACCAGCCCGACAGUCAAUGGACGCAGCUAUGACACGUACACGCCGCCUCACAUGCAGUCACACAUGAAUCCUCAGACCAUGGGCACUUCCGGCGCCACAUCCACAGGACUUAUUUCCCCUGGUGUGUCUGUUCCUGUUCAAGUGCCGGGGAGUGAGCCGGAUAUGUCCCAAUACUGGCCGCGACUGCAGUAAAGGGCAGGGUGGAUGGACAGAGACUAUGGAGAGUCGGACCCCCAGCAGUAUUUGUUUUCCAAGAAGUGACUCUGAAGGUAUCUUUGUUCUGGGACUGCGACCAAUACACUCAACUUUGAGAAGACUCACGUCGACGUCUUGUAGCGGACGUGUGAAGUCGAUGGAACAAACGUCUCAUUGUCCCCCCCGGCUCCCGAAAUUCUUCUCUCUGUGUAUUAUUUGUAAAUGGACAUUCCUCUAUGUUUAAAACAAGAACAACGUGACUCGAUGGACCUUUGGUAUACGUGGCUCAUGGGAUAAUUACAAGACGCCAUGGACAACAUAGCAGUCAAGAAUUAGGCCGCCAUCGAGUGCUUUUACCAUGACGUUUCUAGAUGUAUGGACUUCGAUGUUACCAACUCGUACCAUUGCAUUACACUAAAUAUUGGUCAAUUUUAUUUUGGGGAUGGGAGGGAGGGAUGGGAGGGAUGGGGCGGGGGAAGGGAAGCCAACUUUAGUUGUGUAUAAGCGAACUCUAUCUGUUUGGGUUUGCCCAAGGUCGUUGACAAAUAAGUUUAUGUUCAAAGGUAAAAGAACUUCAAGGAAGUGGACAAUUUGGUAGAUAAAGGUAGAUUGUGUCUUCGAUAUAAUCCAUUUGUUAUGUCGAAAUGUAAGUAUGUGUCUUCCCUAGAAAUCUCCCAGAAUGAUUUCUAUAAUAAAGUUAAUUUCGUUUAUAUUCACCCGAAUACGCUAGAGAUGAUUUAUGUCCACCCCACGCAUCAUUAUAGUCAACAACUUUCUAUUUUUUCUUCGUUAACACCGUGCAAGCUAGUUGUUCUGAUAUUUGUAUAUAGGUAGCUGUCACGUUCAAAGUUUAUUUCGUGCAAGUGAAACGAUGUUCCCGACAAAAUUAAACUGGUUACCAAGAGAUUUACAACAUUAUAAGUGUUUCAGUUACGUCGGAUUACAUAUCAUAGCUUCGAUCAAGAGACAUCUGCAAACCGUACCAAAGCAUACAUUUCAGUUAUCACCUGCCUCCUUGUUAAACGCAGUAUUGUGUUGAUUUUUUUUAAAUUUUAAAAUAAAUUCAGAGGGAGUGAAUCGAUCCCUUACUUUGGAAAGGCUAUCUUUACUUGUUCAGCGAUAUUUUUUUAUGGAAAGUAAAAUAAAUGCUAUGUUAAUGGAGUUAUCAAGGAAUUCAUAAACCGAUCAGACGUUGGAAUUUUACAAUAAUUCUUGGCUGAGUGAGUUCAUAAAUGUAACUGGUGGUAUUCACAUUGUAGAUGCAGUACGCUUUUUUUUUUUAAAGUUCUGGCUUAAACACUGUAAUUUUUUUUGUUGUUCAUACAGAAUACAGCUACUAGCAGAAACAAAAAAACCCUGUAAAAAUGUACAUAUUUUGUACAAGUAUUAAAAUGUCGAUUGAAGGGUGACACCCCUAAAUUAUCAA